ACUUUUAAGGGCGUUAUCGGCCGUUUGAAACAUAAACAAUCGUAUAAAAUCCUUAAGAGUGAUGUCCCUCGGUGUUUGUAAUAUGUAAAACUUUACAAACUAAACAACCACACUAAAGAAUAUCAGAUUUUUAACAUAUCAAAUUAUUGUUUACAUAUCUUGUGAAUAUCGUAGUUAAAACUUAGUUUUAAUGUGAUGUGUGUGUGUCUGUAAUUAUAAGGGAAGGCUGCGAUUGGCGACCGCCGUUCAAGUUGGCCGUUGAUAUCGACCAAUAGAGGGGGCGGUACUGCGCAGCCGUAGCGAAGGCUUCAGCGGCGCGGGUCCGCUACGAGCCACAGACGCUACCCCGGAUCUGCUACGCCUAGCGACUGAAAAAAUGUACUAGUGAUGUGUAAUUGCAUUACAUGAAGGACAUCAGGCUGCUGAAAUGCAGGGGCUCCAAGCCGCGAAAGAGAAGGCAUCAAGCCUCUUCGCCAACAAACCUUUAAUACUCAAAAACCAGCAAUAUGAAAACUUCCAUGUGGAGCAGAAGGGCUAUGAUCAGAUGUAUGAUGGCGAAGAUCUGGAAACACCACCGUCACCCGAAAGACCACCUCCACGACAUAUAGACAAAUAUGUUCGCGCGGAAUGCCCCUGCCUAACCGCUCGAUAUACUGUGGCUUUGCUGGCAUGUUUCGGGUUCAGCAUCAUGUUUGGUAUGAGGUGUAACAUGAGUAUGGCCAAACUUAAAAUGACGGAAAAGCAUAAUACAUCAAGCGGAGUAAGAGAAGACACACCCUUCAACUGGAGUGUGAGUGUUGAAUCAUCUAUUGACUCAUCCUAUUUCGCUGGCUACCUGAUAACACAGGUGCCUGGAGGGUACCUGGCGUCCAUGUAUCCAGCUAACAGGAUUUUUGGAGCGGCGAUUUUUGCGUCCGCCAUUUUCAACAUGGCAAUUCCUGGAGCGAUGUCUUUAGGACCAGCAGCUGUUGUUAUGUUAAAAGUUGCCCAGGGUUUUGUCGAGGGUGUGACUUACCCGUCUUGCCAUGGAAUUUGGAGGAUGUGGGCUCCACCUAUGGAAAGAUCGAGACUCGCAACAUUAGCCUUCUGUGGUACUUACGCGGGCAUUGUAAUAGGAAUGCCACUGUCUGGCGUUCUCACAGAUUACAUCUCGUGGCAAACACCAUUUUACUUCUAUGGAAUAUCUGGUAUAAUUUGGUACUUCCUGUGGUUGUGGCUCGUAUUUGAACGACCUAGCAAGCAUCCACACAUCUCAGGCAAAGAGUUAGCAUACAUUGAGCAAUCAUUGGGUACCGCGUCUCAAGCUGCCAUGCCUGGAUUCUGGUCUACACCUUGGAAGGAGUUUGCUACAUCAACACCGGUAUACGCUAUUAUCGUGGCCAACUUCUGUAGGACCUGGAACUUCUGCUUAUUGGUUAUUUUCCAGUCGGCAUAUUUCAACACACGAUUUAAUAUGCAAAUAACUGAGUCUGGUUUUGUCGGUGCCAUACCUCACUUGAUCAUGACAUCCCUCGUGCCCAUCGGGGGGAUGAUGGCGGAUUAUCUUCGCAAAAACAAUAUAAUGACUACAACUAAUGUGAGGAAACUAUUCAACUGUGGAGGUUUCGGACUGGAGGCGUUUUUCUUUGUUCUCGUCGCGUAUGCUGAUAACAAAUAUGUUGCAACGAUAGAACUGACACUUGGGGUAGCGUGCAGUGGAUUCGCAAUUUCUGGAUACAAUGUGAAUCACUUGGACAUCGCACCGCGAUAUGCGUCUAUUUUGAUGGGACUGUCCAAUGGUAUCGGCACUAUAGCUGGCUUCGUGGUCCCAAUUGUGAUUGAUUACAUGACACAGGAGAAGGAUAAAUUAGAAAAGGCCAUAACGGAAUGGCGCGAAGUAUUCCUGAUGGGGGCGACAGUACACUUUAUAGGCAUCACGAUUUACGGCAUAUUUGCUUCCGGAGAGCUGCAGCCUUGGGCGGAUCCUCCACCAACGACCUAUGAUGCCCCCAUGAAACCUAUAUCAGACCAGGAAACAACAUUUUCGGAACAGCCUUCAGCCCCAUUGAAGGGCUCGGAGCCGCCAGCAUACGGUGCCAUUGCACCGCCCCGCCCGCCUGCGCCUCAACAGCAUGUCCCCAAUAAUCCAUUUGUUUCCGGGGCAUUGUACCAAGCUGAACCUAUACAACCUCCAGCGGAGUCCUACCAGGAUCUGACUGAUGAUGGCACAUAUUAAACUUUAACCUUCGGUCAAAAUACACUACGCAACACGUAAGGUAAUAAUCGUAUUUAAUAAAAAGACUUAUUCUUAUAUGUCUUAUUCUGUUUUAACUAAAGUAAUUGUCUCUUUUCAUGAUGACUAAUUACGAGGAGUAGUUACAACAGGGUAAGAAAGUUAAUGUAGGUUAUAAAGGGCGAGUUUUUUCCCUAUUCCAAUAUGAAAAUAUUCCUCAUACCUACGUAAAACUAUUAGAAAACUCUUUUUUUUUAUAUCUCUCACUAUAACUAUCUGCAGCGUUAAACAAUAAAAACCGAUUACUUAUUCACAUAAUUUAUAGAUUAAUUACAGACCCGGCUGGUCUGGGCAUUUAUUUUUUAAUCUAUUUUGGAAAUAACAGCCCAAAUCACUCACUGAUAACUCUAUAAUUAUAAUUUAUUGAUAAAUCUUAUAGCUAUUGAGAUCCAUCGGUUGAGUUAAACUCAUAAUAUUUUGUUAAACAAUAAAUAUACAAUACACAAAUCUUUCCUCUAUAUAUUUAGAUAAAGUAAAUCGUAGUGUAUUUUGAUCCCAAAAGUAUGGCGUUGCAGUUUCGGGGUACGUCUGCUAUUUUUUACAAUUAGGUAGAAAAAUAUGUAUUGUUCUUCAUAUGUUAGCUUUUAUCAAUAUAGAUGUCCUAUAAAGUUAAUAAAUCCAAAUUUUAUUUGUUGUUUAUCUUUAAAAUGCUGAUACGCUUAGGAUAAAUAUUUUCGAAUUUCGUCAUCCGUUGUUCGAGCAUUGAUGUACAAAAAUGUAGAUAUAAAUUGCGAUGUUUUUGCAUAUCAUGUAUCAAAUCCUGUUUAAUAUUAGUAUGUAUGUUUGCUUGUGGUAAAGCUUUCAUUUGUUGGAAGAAAUCAAUUCAUAUGGAGAACAAAAAAAUAUGUUUAUACAAGUUUAGAAUAAGCUUUAAGCCCCCAUAAACAAGUUUACGUGCGACAAAAACCGUGAAAUGCGCAUCAGAUUCAUACAAUCAUCGCCUAAUUCACUAAGGUAGUGUAUAACCAGGCAUUAAUCUCUUUUCAACUCGGCUUAAAUAUAAUUUCACAGAAAGAGACACUUUAUCAAAAACAGUGCCAUUAUGAUUAAUGCUACGCACUUAAACUUGUGUGAAUGUUUAGGAUAUUCGUUUAAACCUUCCUACUAUUUCUGUCUCGUCCUUGUUGCUACAUGUCAUACCUACUUGUUGAAAAAUGUUUAUAAUAUACUCUUACAUUGUAAUGAACGAAAUACUUUUUAAUAUUAUAGAAUUGUAUGUACUUCAAAUUAUAAAAUAAAUGUAUGAUAGGCGUAGAAAUUUAACUAAAAUGUUGAGAUAAAGGAAGUAAUGUAAUCAUCUUUCUGUUUAAAACAAUAUUUUCCUAGUUUGGUUUCGGCUCUUCGUUAAUUAUUGAACGAUAAAAAAUCUCUCCCGUUGUCAGUGAAAACUUCACUUAAUCUUAAGACAUUAUUAUUUGAUAUAAUAUUGAAUUAUUCAUAUAAAUAUAUAGUUACUGCAAAUUGUAUGUAUCGCUUCGACAAAAUAAGAAAAUCUAAAAAAAUGCUUAGUGUAUAUCGGUGUCAAUAAUGUACAUUAUUAAUCAAAACUAUGCUAUUUAAAAUUUGUAUUAUUUGAACUAAGUAUAUAGCCAGGUGUUUUUCAGAGUUACGUAUAUACCGCUUGUCUAUGUAGACAAGUACUACUUUAAGUAGAAAAUAUAGCUGUAUAUAGAUAUAUUAGAGUCGGGUUACCUUCAGACAAGGUACGAAUUAUAUUUAAUGCUAAAAAAUAAUAAUUUAAAUUUAAUAUGUAGAGUGUUCGUUCAAGUAUCACAUAGCACAAUAGGGGGGUGGAGUUUGGUCUUUGAUUUUCUUAUUUGGUAAUAACGUCAAUAGUAAUGAUUUACUUUUUUACACAUCACCUACACAUUGUGUAUGCUUGGAAAUGAAAUGCAUUUUCGAGGAUUCCUACAAAAAAUUAAUAUGUUUAUGUACUAUAUCUAUUUUUCAGAGCUUUGCUUAUUUUUGCGGAAAAGAGGAGGGGGGGGGGGGGGUUAAUUUGAAGUAAAACUACUUAUGUUAUACUUGAACGGCCUCUUAAAAUCCAUAUUAUUAGUUUAGGCAUAAUGGCAUAAUAAUAAGGCAUUGGUUUCAUAUAACCUUUUUAAAUUUUUCGUAUUAAAUACUUUUUAUAUUUCGUAUUUAAUACUUACAAUAAUGUUCACAAAUUUUAUGGCAAUCGGUCUUUAAGCCAUCCUAAUUCCAGAUGUCUAAAGUCAUAUGAAAAGGUAUAUAGAUCACCGAUUACUAUGCCUGCAUGGCAUUCAUGAUAUCAAAGUCACAGUCAAAUCAUUUAUCUAUUAGACUAAAAAAAGAACUUAUGAAAUUCAAAAUUUAAAAAAAAAAACCCCUCUCUACUUCGAAAGGUAGUUUCAAAUGGAUCGACGAGAAACUCCAUACUAAAACGGCUAUAUUGAAUAUGAUGCUGAUAAUAAAUUGGCAAUACUGCAUUUUUGACAAUAACGUGCAAUUAAAGACAAUAAGUUGAUAAAACAACGUUCGGUAUUUUGUAUGACAAGUAAAAAAAUUCGUUUGAAGUUCAUUUUCAUAUUGUAAAUUUUUAGAUUUAUAUAUUUAGAUAGAUUUCGCAUGAUUGCAUAAGUGCGAACAGCAUUAUAAACAGACAGAACCUAUACAAUUAUUAUAUAAAUGUUAAAUUGUAGAUAUAGCAGAUAAGAUUCUACAUUUUAAUUAAGUAUAAUAAAGGGAGAAGAUAAUAAAUUUUGGUAAAUUAUAUCCUCUUAAUUGUAGUAAUUGUGUGAUUGUAUAUAAUCAUGACAAUAAUGUCGUAGGUAGUAUCAGAAUGCAAUAUUACUUUAAACUAUUUUGGGUUAGACUCAAAUUUGUAUAUUUAUAGAAUAAUAUUAGAUUACCAAAGUAUAAAUGUGUGAAGUAUAUUAUUACUCGAGGUGGAUAUUAAGUUUUUAAUUUGAAUUUAUAAAAAUAGGCUUAGUUUAUUUUUUUACUUUAAGAUUUACUUCUGAAUUAAUUUUUAUUAUGUCAUGUUAUGUUUUAUACUUUCAAUAAAAUGCCGUAUGAGAUAUGAAAGAAGUAGGUUUAAAAGUGAAGUGGAGGUGGCUUUUGGACAUCAGUGAGAAUUAUCAUAUGUUUUGGAUAAUUUUAUGAGAUUUUCAUAUUACUGUCUUCCUGCAUUCAAUGCGAACUUAAAAUCAUUUUAAAAUUUAGUCUUUUAGAAUUAAUGAUAAUGUAAAAAUAAAAAUGUUAUUUUAACAUAUCUCUACACCGUCAAUUCUGGUUUGUAAAAAUCAACUAGAAAAUUUCUUGUAUAUGUAUUUGUAGUAUCAUAUGUAUUUUACACAUAGAAAUCAUUAAAUUUCACUUAAAAUAUAAGAAUAUUGAUUUUCACUACUCAUCAGCAUGUUGACAACGAAAACACUUAUAGUAUUUUAAUAAUUUAACACCGCAUUCACUAAGUUAUAUAUAUUAUUUGUAAUGUAUUUGUAGGGCCGGAUUGUGCAUAUAUUUAUUUAGGUGAUAAUUUUCACAAUGUCCAAAACAAUGGCGUAAGGGUACCAAUCCCCCACACUCGUUACAGAGCACCGAAUGUAAUAAUAUAAUCGAAUAAUAAACAUGUACAUAGAUAUAUAAUAUGACAAUAAGUUAGAUUAUUUAUAAUAUAAAUAUAAGUGUGUUUAUUAUUAGUUUUUUUAAUUACAAUUCUUUCCAGCUGUCGUGGUUGACGCUGAAGCAAUAAAUUAGAGUUUAAGAAAUUUUAAUAUAGUCGUUAAUGGAAUUAAAAUUCAUUAAUUUCCUUUAUCAGUCAUUUGGUAUGAUAGAUUUAAAAAAAAUAGUAUUAAUAUUUAUUUUUAAUAUAAGAAUAAGACAAUAAUUUCUUUUUACGGGGUGAUCUCACUCUAUAAGGCUGUGUCGACAAUAAUGCGAAAGCACAUUAGAUUUUAAUAAUAACUAAUAUAAUAAAGAAUAAUGAUUUUAUAAAAAUACUAUAGGCCUCAAAUAGGUAUUGUUUCCUCACUUUUGACGAUAACCUUUAUUUCUUAAAAUGAAGUCGCACAUCAAGGUUGGGACUUAAACAAUGACUAAAGUUUUUUAAUUUGCCAGAAAAUAAAUAAUGAAUACUUCAAUUAAAAAUCAUAGGGUAUCAAGAGUUAUUUGGUUCAUUUAAAUGAGUAACAAGUCAUUAUAGGAGUAAUAAUAACAGAAGAUUCAUUAACUAAUUGGGUUUAUAGUAUAUUUAUGAAUAUGUGACGAUAAUAAUGUCUCAAUAAUCUAGAUUUAAACAAAAGUUAUAUAAGAAAUCUUUUUUUUAAGGAUUUUACAUUUAAAAUUCUUAAAUAGAAAUAAAUUAGAUUUUUAGUAAUUCUGUAUAUUGAAUGUGAUGUUAUACAUAAAUGUAGUUUAAUAUAAUGGACAAUAGUUUGAUAGUAGUAUAUUUAAAUAUUAGAUUCAUAAGGCACGGACGUUUUAGUUUUUUUGCAUGUACUCACUUUAUGUAAUAAUAUUUCAACAUAAUAAUAUUUUGCAACAAAACAUUUCCUUUACCGCUGAAAAUAAAUUCAGUUUAAUAAUUGUGUUGUUAUUCGUAAUAUAUUUAUUAUCAGUAUUUGCAAUUCAUUCCCAUGGAAACAAGCAAGCGUAGUAAUGAUCUAAGGAUAAAAUUCAGCGUCAUGUCAUAGCGCUGAAUCCCUCAAACUUACCUAAGCGUGAAGAAAGCUACUUUUAAUAAUUUAAUUCAUGAAACGCAUUCAUAUGUGAUCAAAGCAUUGAGACGGCGGCAGGAAAAUAAUUAUGCAUAAGUUCCGUGCUUGUAUAUAGUGUGUAAAUGUCUAGAUUAGUUCCUCGCACUGAGCACUGAUUCGUCAAUUACUGAUUAGAUUCUGAGUAGAAGUUGCUUUUUAACGCUGUAAAUGCGCCGCUAAACAGAUUUAAGUGGAAAAUAGAAUGUUUGUAGUUUGUAGCAUAAUCAUUUAACAACUUUAAUAAACAUUGUUAGAAUAGUGCAAUUAACAUCGUAUGUUAGACAGAUGUUUUAUUAAAAACCAUCACGUGAAAAUCGAUGUGUUGACAAAACAGACAAAAUUUUAUUUUGCUGAAAUGAAUUCUUAUGUCAGAAAUGUGUCAGCCCUAUGCUCCAUUUCGAGUUAACGCGACUUGACAGUUCUCAGACUUGUAACCGAACCUUGUAUGUUGGUUGUAACAUAGCGAAAAAAAAUUUCUUCAGAUUCUUUAAGCCGGUAAAAGAUUAUGCUACCUUAAUAUAUUUCAUCUUUGUUUGCUGUUAUUGAAUUCUGGAAUUGUUCUAGAAUUUUGAUAAUCACUUUGAUAAUUCUAAUGUAAAUAUAAAGUAUCUUGUGUAAUCUAAUCAAACACUGUAAUACGAAUUAAAAAUAUAUAGUAGAAACAAAAAAACCUUGGAUAUUUUGACAAAUACCACACUGUCUUUGUAGCUAUCAUAUAAGGUAGUACAAUUUCUGUUUGUUUUUUAUGUACCGAUUAAGAGUCAUGAUGAAGGCGGAAUCAAAGUCGGAAGUCAACGGUCUGUAAGGAAAAAUAGUGAAAAGUUGUUCAUAAAAAUACAAUUAUUAGUUAAUUUUUGAUAUCUUAAGCACAUUACACGAAUGCACAUAGAUAAUUAGAGAAUAUAAAAGUUUUCCUUUUUAUUGUCUAUUUGAUAUUUGCUUAAACUUAAUUUAAUACAAAAUAAAGUACAAAUGUUUCAUAUUACGAUAAAUGUAUUGCAAACUAAAUAAAAUAUAUUAUGUCUUCACAAGAACCUCUACUCAGCGUAGGCGAAUAUUAUAAAUACAAAUCGCAGAUAAGAACUUCAUAUAUAAAUAAGCUUAUAUAUGUUAUAUUGCAAACUUAUGUAUUAUAUCUUAAACAAAAUCAAAACCUGAAUUCGCAGUCCACGCUUUGUAUUUUCACUGACAAAGGGAGAGAGAAUCAAAAAAAUGAGUUUAUUAUAUAAUUUAUAUAUGUAAAUAUAACUCAUGAAUCAGUUAUUGAUAUCUUUCGACGCCUUGAGUUAACAUUUUACGUCUUAAUUUGUUAGUAAAAUCAAUAUAUUUUAUUGACGUUUUAACAUUUUUGUUAGGUUUUAAGAUGCUUGCCAUAUAGUUGUAGUUUUUGUUUAUCAAUAUUCUGUGAUAUUUGAUCUCAAUAAGUUUAGUUAACAAAACAA